AAGAUUUCAGCUCCGCGAGUAAACUUUGCAAGAGCGUAUACUGAAAACUUGAAUUCAUACAUAUAUGUAAAUGCAAGACAUUCAUAUUUAUGGAGCAGAAGAAGCGAAACUGGUUUCAAAGCGUCCACAAUCUACGUUUAGACGUUUUUAGCCCAACGCCGGCUCAUAUGGGCGUUGAUAAAGAUGACGCAAAGGAGACCCUCCUUCCCGUCAAAAUAUCAGAUAUCACCACAGUCAAAGAAGAUGGUCGCCGCGAUAUGCUGUUCAAGGCGUAUGUUAUUGUGACGAUGACCUUUCUAUGGACAGGCUACACUAUCACGGUGCGGUACACAAGAACUACUGUGCCCAAAAACGAGCUUUACGCUGCAACUACCGUUGUACUUAUGGGUGAAGUGGUCAAAUCAUGUAUCACGCUCUUGAUGCUUUACAAAGAAAGCCAUUUCAGAAUGAAAGAUCUCUUCUCGUGCAUCCAGCAACACUAUAUAAAUGCUCCCAAGGAACUCUUGAAGAUGAGCGUCCCUUCGCUUGCUUACGCAUUCCAAAACAAUCUAGAUUUUGUUGCUUUAUCUAACCUGGAUGCGGGUCUGUAUCAGGUAACAACUCAGCUGAAGGUUUUCACCACAGCUAUAUUCAUGAUGCUGUUUCUUGGUCGACGCUUUUCUGGGACGAGAUGGGUCGCCAUAGUGCUACUCUUUUUCGGUGUAGCCGCUGUACAGCUGAACAACACCCAGCGCGGAGCUAGCGAAACAAAAGGAAAUUAUCUUGUGGGCAUAAGUGCCGUGCUUGCCACUUGUGUGACUGCAGGAUUCGCAGGAGUCUACUUUGAAAUGAUGCUCAAAGGGUCAGGCAACACUCCAUUUUGGAUCCGAAAUCUGCAGAUGUAUAGCUGUGGCAUAGUUAGCGCAUCAAUUGGUUGCUUAUUCACCGAAGCAGACGUCAUUGCCGAACGAGGAUUCUUCUAUGGUUACGAUGUGAAAGUCUGUGCUAUCGUUGCAUUCCUGUCAUUUGGUGGCACGUACAUUUCUCUGGUGAUGAAAUACCUCGACAACCUGCACAAAAGCUUUGCAUCUGCAGUAUCCAUCAUUCUUGUUGUCAUCACUUCCUACCUCGUUUUCAAUGACGUGUUCAUAGGAGCUUACUUCGUGUUUGGCACGGCUGUAGUUGUGUGUGCUAUUCUGCUCUAUAACUCCGUACCUGAAUAGUUCAUAGGUCUGCACAUUCCUAUACCCAUUACAAAAUUCGAGUUUUUUGUAAUAAGUGUUAUGCACCUUUCUUUUUCUUGCCAUCAAUUGAUUUUGGUCUCUAUCACCCUCACUGUUUUGUAGAAUAGUACCCGCAUUUUCACAGAAAUUCCCACUUUGUCUGCCAAUCCCCCAUCCCUUUCGCCCAAUGCACCAA